UUAUUGUUUCUAUAGAGAGGUACUGUCAUUGAAUAUGUGAAUGCACUCCUCUAAUCAGCUAGUUGAUCCUGAUUAAAAAAGGAAGAAAUAAAAUCUUGUAAUUUUCACAGCCUCGUCCCCUAAAUGUUACUGAAGUCAGAAAAAUUUACAGCUUUUGAGGAUCAGGCUGAGACAAUGUUGAAAUGGAAUGCUCCCCGAAUUAUAUUUGGGAAGCUCCACGAGGGUGGCAAGUGCCAAAUGGCUUUAACAGAGAAAGCUUUGCAGGCCAAAGCCAGCAAUGAUUAGUUAAAUAGAAGCACAAGCACCCUGAAACAGUUAUAGUGAACAGUAGAAGAAUGCAGUAUAUAUAAUCCACGUGUGUGAUGGGAUAAAAACUAAUAUAUUAUGUGUGUGUAUCUAAUUCCUAAUUUUCUGGAGUAUUUCAGGCAAUAGGAAGCUCUGUAGCUUGUUCAGUUGCCAGCUCCCAUUAACUGAUGUUUUGAAGGAAACAAGAAAUGGGGAAGGCCAGAAAAUGGAUCAGAAACUUCCUUCUAGGGAAAAAAGAAGAUAAAAUCAAGAAGAUCGAGGAUAAGAGUCUGAUUGUGAGUCCCAAAGUGAAGUGCAGAUGGAGCUUUGGAAAACUAACAGGAGGAAGAAUAACAAGCAAGGUAGUAGGCCAUAAAUUUUCCAGAUCAUUUGACUCAGGUGACUCUGCCAAGCUGCAAAUACAACCCUUGUUGGAAACUAAGACUCCAAGGCAUCUUCCAAAACCACUAGCAAAGGCUUCUAAAGAUAAAAACAAAGCCGCUACAAAGAUUCAGGCCAGCUUUCGCUCGUAUUUGGCAAGGAGAGCAUUGCAUGCUUUAAGGGGAUUAGUCAAGUUACAGGCACUAGUGAGGGGUCACCUUGUAAGGAAACAAACAACUGCUACACUACGUGGAAUGCAUGCGUUGAUGGCCAUACAAGUUAGAGCCCGAAUUCACAGAAUUCAGAUGGCAGAGGAAGCAAACCUCCUCGGACAACAGCCUCUGCAACAUAGACAACUCCCAUACUUCACAGAUCUCAUUACAGAAGAAAAUAAAGAUUCAAACGAUAUGAGUGUGGAAGAAAUAGUGGAGGUUUUGAAAAGCAGGAGUGGCCCACUAGAUGGUUCAUAUGUUAAGGGAAGAGAGCGUGAUUCCAUGACAUACUAUUCGAAGCAUGUGCCGGUUGUUUCUAAACGACAAAACCAAUACAAGAAAACUCUAAUGGUAGAACCAAACAGCCUAGGAAACUACCGUGCCAUGUCUGAAUUUAACCCAGCGACAAUUGCCUUGUCAACUUCUCAGCGCCAUUAUGUGCCUCACCGUCAAUCACUGUCACCAAAUUACAUGAACAAGACAGAAUCUUCAAGGGCUAAAGCAAGGUCACAGAGUGAACCGAAACAACGACCAAGACGGGGAACGAGGCACAAAGGCAAGUCUGUGGAAUCCCCAUUGAAUGGUCCAAGGCAAAAUCUAUUCUCAAACUCGUUACGCUUCGAUCACAGAAGCCUGGACCAUUGGGUUAUCAAUCCUCAUGGGUCAAAAAACGACAGCAGGCGCAAUUCCUUUGGCAGCAGCUCGGUUACUACUGAAUCCUAUUAUUGAGUUCUCCUGAUCGGUUAUAGAACAAGCUAGUAAUUCAGUUUUGAACCUAAUGCUUAAGUCGUGUAAAUGCCUUGUAACCCUUCUGAGUUUGGGCAACGCAAUUUCAUCACCUAUCUACCUGUACUUGGCAGCAAAUGCGUGGUGCAUGGUGGGAUGCUAGAUCGAUAAUCAUUUAUGAAAGGAUAAAACUUGGUACAAAAUUGGAGUUUUACUUUGGUAACUUAUGCUCACCUUUAAUAAAAACAUUUAUUUAUUUUUAUGGACUACCCAGGUAAAACUCUAAUUCUUAUUAGAUAGCA